AUGUCUUCAACACAACAAUUUCGAACCGAAAGGGACACCUUUGGUGAACUACAAGUUCCAAGCGACAGAUAUUGGGGUGCACAAACUCAACGAUCCUUACAGAACUUUGACAUCGGCGGGCCCACUGAACGUCUUCCUCCUCCCUUGAUCAAAGCAUUCGGUAUCCUAAAGAAAGCCGCGUCGAUUGUGAAUGUUGGUUAUGGAUUGGAUGCAAAGAUCGGCGAGGCAAUCCAGCAAGCUGCUGAUGAUGUCAUUUCGGGACAACUAAAUGAUCAUUUUCCGCUUGUGGUAUUUCAAACUGGAAGUGGAACUCAGAGUAACAUGAAUGUGAACGAGGUCAUCUCCAACCGCGCCAUCGAAAUUCUAGGUGGAGAGUUGGGUUCGAAGAAGCCCGUGCAUCCCAAUGAUCAUGUCAACAUGUCGCAGUCUAGCAAUGAUACCUUCCCUACUGCCAUGCACAUUGCGGCGGUCACAGAACUCAAUAUUUCUCUCAUCCCGGCUUUAUCCGGACUUCGCGAUGCAUUGGACGCAAAAUCUAAAGCCUUUGAGCAUAUUGUCAAGAUAGGACGAACACAUUUGCAAGAUGCUACUCCGUUAACGCUAGGACAAGAAUUCAGUGGGUAUGUACAGCAAGUCUCCAAUGGCAUAGAGAGGGUCAAAGGUGUGCUACCUCGACUUAGCCUUCUUGCUCAAGGAGGGACUGCAGUUGGAACUGGACUGAAUACCAAACGCGGUUUCGACGUGAAAAUCGCAGAAGAAAUCACCAAACUCACUGGCUUGGAGUUUAAGACCGCACCAAACAAGUUCGAAGCUCUCGCUGCGCACGACGCGCUCGUAGAAGCACAUGGCGCACUCAACGUCCUAGCGUGUUCGCUCAUGAAAAUCGCCAACGACAUCCGCUAUCUUGGCUCCGGUCCCAGGUGCGGACUCGGAGAGUUGAGCCUUCCAGAGAACGAGCCUGGAAGUAGUAUCAUGCCUGGAAAAGUCAACCCGACGCAGUGCGAGGCUGUGACAAUGGUCGCUGCACAGGUAAUGGGCAACCAGACGACAGUCAGUAUCGCCGGAUCCAAUGGACAAUUCGAGCUGAAUGUGUUCAAGCCGGUCAUUAUAAAAAAUGUGUUACAGAGCAUCCGAUUGCUUGCUGAUGGUUCACGCUCGUUCACGAAAAACUGUGUCGUUGGAAUCCAGGCGAAUGAACCGCGCAUCAAGUCUCUUCUGAACGAGUCACUGAUGCUGGCAACGAUCCUCAACAGUCAUCUUGGAUACGACAAUGUGGCUAGAUGCGCCAAGAAAGCACAUAAGGAAGGUACAACGCUAAAGGAGGCUACGGUCUCGCUUGGUCUUCUCUCGCCGGAGGAGUUUGACGAAAAGGUUCGACCAGAACUGAUGCUGUAUCCUGAUCCCUGA